ACAACGCUGGGACACCCGCUGAGUUACGGUCAUCGUUUGUACUUCUUUUCUUUUAUAUAUUCGAUUUUGUUCAGCGCGAUUCGACGUGUUAUCGAAAGUUACAUGGAAAGUUUCCGUUUAUUGAUUUUAUUUAGUAUUUAUUUGUAAGUCAAUGCGGAGGACGGAGGAGGUCAGGGGUUUUGGAGCACAACUUCUCCUCGGAGCGGAUUUGAAUGAGGAAAUCAUCCCUUGUGAAACGCUGCGUCCAGUCUGCGGGAGGAAGAUCAUGGAGGCGUGAGCAGUCGGCUUUUACUGAAUAUUUUCUCUUUUAACAACUGUCCAGUCUUGAGAUUUUUGAUGCUGUCGAGUUUGAGACGAGAAGUUUCCUCCGCAAAUGACGUGGAAUAGCACAAUGAGCAGUGGCUACAGCAGCUUAGAGGAGGACUCCGAAGAAUACUUUUUCACGGCAAGGACAUCGUUCUUUAAGAAACCUACGAGCAAAGUCACUGAGAGCAAGGAUGUGGAAAAGGACAGAGAGCUACGGACAGAGUUUAGUCGAGAGGAAAUUCGACAGAGGAUUGAACUGUACAACUCUGUGACCAAAGACUAUCUGAAAAUGACACUUGGCCGCACUGAUGUGUACACAGGUUUUAUUAAAGUCCAGAUGGAUCUGCGGAGGCCUGUGACAGUUCGGGGGGGCCAGAGGGGGCCAGAGGGAGAAGCGUUCUAUCUGCCCCGAGGAGCUAUCAACACCCUACAUGUCAGCUCUGUUAACACUGUCAAAGAGGUCAUUGUGGCUCUACUAAACAAGUUCACGGUGGCUGACAACCCAGCCAAAUAUGCACUAUAUAAGCGCUACCGCAGAGAGGAGCAAGUGUAUGUGUGUAAACUAGGGGACACGGAGAAGCCCCUGUUUCUGCGUUUGGUGGCAGGGCCUGACCUGGACACCCUCAGCUUUGUACUUCGAGAGCAGCAAACUGGAGAAGUCAUGUGGGAUGCAUUUUCUAUUCCUGAACUGCGUAACUUCCUUCGGAUUCUGGAUAAGGAGGAGGAGGAACAGAAGGAGGCUGUCAUACGGCGCUACACAAAUUACAAACAGAGACUGCAGGAGGCGCUGCAGCAUGUCCGAGCGCUUUCAUAGAGGCCUGAACAAGAGGACAUUAAGAGGAAGCUUCCUGUUACACUCAUGAGACUUGUCAUGUUGACAAGAUGUUUUUUCUUUUUCAAGAAAUUAAUCAAAAGUGAAGGACAAGUGAAGAGUUGAACUCCACUGUCUCAAAGCUGCAGCAUCAAAGACGUCACAAUGCAACCAGACCAAAGAUCCAGGAUCUAUGUGCCAUAUGCAUUUAGGUGUAGUCCUGUUAGUCCAGUCAUUCUUGUAUACUCAUGUUUGUGUUCCUCUUUAUUUCUCUGAGGCAUGUGAAAUACUCAAGGCCAUUUGUUGAGUCUGUUUUAUUUAAAGGUCUGUACAUAUUUUUUUUUUCUUUUUUCUUAAUUUAUGUGGGUGACAAUUUUAUGUUUUUAUGUUUUCAUUUUCAUGAAAAGUCUUAUUUACUUUAUGAGCAACGUGGCAGGUGACACAGAAUGAAUAGUUUAUCCAGUUUCUAAUUUUACUCAUCUACUACUGCUUUUGGUUUCAAUAAGUUAAUAAGUGUCUGGCAGCAUUUACUUUUGCUUUUAGAAAAUGCCUUAAUGUUUGCAAAGAGAGUACUUGUACUUCGUACACCCCAUAUCAAGAUAUAUACAGUUGUUGUAUAUUUAAGUAGUAGUGAAGUUAAAAGUCACUGUGUAUCUGAAAAUGUCUAGAGAUGACAUAGAAAUGUUUCAGUAAGUUUUGUUGAAGGUUUAAUGUGGAUGGGAAAUAAUGUAGUUUUGCUUUAGGUUUGUGUUGUGGUGCAGUUUAAAGCACAGUGGGCAAAAGUUUGAAUUCCUGACCCUUGACCCGCUGUGGUGAGAGUAGGAAGUGAGAGAUUCUGAAGGUUUCUGGAAGUCGAUGAAGCGCUUUAGAGGUUGUAGAACGGAUUGAGGAAGUUUGAAAGAAGUUGUUUUGAAAUGGCAUGAGAAAUGAAAACAGAAGGUAGUAUGAGCUUUGGGGGCAAUGCACAGAUUCUCCUCAAGCUACUAGUCAAAUGUGUCUUUUACUAUCUCUAUGUACUAACUAGGGGUGAAUUGUCUCUUAAAUGUUCCUUUAAUGAUUGUGUAGGAAGAAGAAUGUCUUUUGUAGGCUUGUUCGUGAGCAUUGACCAGUUGUCUUCUGUUCAAACCAACUGCCUUUGUCCAGUGUGUCAGACUUUCUUUAUUUCUUUGUUGAUCAAAGUGAAUAUACAUACAUGAUAAAAUAUUUGUGGAAAAGGUAGGAAAAGUGCAAGCAGUGUAUACAGUAAAUUUAGGUUUGCUUGUUGGUGUAAUAUUUGCAGUUUUUUGGUGCGUUGGCAAUCAGCGUUUUGUAACAAUCAUUAAGACAACCAGCUGACAGUAAUAAAGCAAUAUUAGUUUGUGCAUUGUUGCCAGUACUGAAUGAAGUAAAACUGACAGUUCUGGUUAGUCCUUUUCAUUGAAGACUGCUGGAUAACAUCGCCAUCUAGUGGAGAAGCCAGGUACUAUUCUUAUUGCUGUGUCAAACCCACAUUAGAUUAUUUUUUGUUAUUUUGAAAUUGUAAAUGUUGUACUCAAUAACCAAAGAUAUUUUGUGAUGUUGCCUGGAGCAAAAAUGUUAGAGUCCCAAUAUAGGGAUGUAUAGAGUUUAUUUAAAUGGGUUUCUUUUAACCCUCAGUUAUUUUAUGCUUAACACUGGGUUCUUAUCUUACGCAAUAUGGGAGUUGCAUUGAGACAUUUAUAUAGCAUCUUCAAGCCAUGUUGUUAAAGUUAUAUUUAAAAGCAAUUUAAAUAGAUAAUAAAUACAUCAUAGAAGAAAGUUGUAUCCAAAGAAUGUUUCGGGCACUUUAACUUUAAAUUCAGGGAAGACAGAUGAUUUCUUUUUGAUUUUCACAUUUUUUUUCUGUUGCUGUCUUCAUUAUUAGAUCUACAGGGCAACACACUAUGGUGUCUUUAUUUAACAAGUUUUAUUGAGCUCCACUCAGUUUUUGUAACAGUGAGCUAUAGUUCUCACAUGUUUAAAAUUUUACUUAUCAUUUCCAUGUUUAUUUUGUUUAUUGUUUGGAUUUAUUUUGUAGACUGUGAAAUCUUCUGCCUGUGUCCACUAGUGUCUCUUUUAUGCUUGUGGCUUGCAUUACUCAGCUAAUAAUAUAUUAUAAGUGUCCAGUGGCAGUUCAUGUCAUUUGAACAUCAAGUAGUUAUCAAAGUAGUUUGUUUUAAUGUCUGUAUUUGUUCAACACUAACUAGAAAAUAUACCAAAUGCUGUACGAAGUUAAGCACUAAAACUGUAUUAACUAUUAUAUUACUAUAUUAAGCCCAAAACCAAACCUUGUUGAACAAAAUUAAAAGCUAAAUUUGAAUAAAACAAGCAAAGAAAGACCAAACAACUUCUAUAUUGUGACUGAAAUUUUAGACUGAUAUCUCUAAUCUGUCAUCUUUUGCUGUCAUGGAUGACAUGAAGCUUACACGAGUGACUAUGGCUUUAGACUUAUAAGCUUUAGUGGAUGUUAUGAGUUAGAUAUUGUAUGCAAGUCUUUUUUUUUUUCUUUUUUUUUUUAGGGCAUAAAUAUUGAUUUUACAGAAAACAAGUUGGUGCCUUGAAUACAUCAUCACAUGUUCAUUGUUCAUAUCAUUAAAUCCAAUGGGGCCUUUGCAAAAAUGGAAUGAAAUAUUUCUAAUAAAGGUGAUAUAAAUUCA